UCUGACUGUCCUGAACAAAGCGACCGUCCCCUUGGGAAGGGUGACGUCUCCCCAGUAACGUGAUUGCUUCUUCGGAAGCAGAAACGUGUAAACGCUAUAAAACGCGGCGGCGCGGUGGGCAGCUCAGAUCGUGCGGCGGGACGGAGCUCUCCUCUUCUCCUUCUCGUCCUCCGCCGCCGUCCCCUGCAGCCUCUCAGCCCGGCAGCGGGGCAGGGCGCAGGCAGCCGCCCCCAGCAGCGCAGCGCAGCACAGCGCCCCUUGCCCGCCCAGCCAGCCCCACCGACGGACUCGCGGCUCCGUGGCGGCCAUGGAGCACCGCGGCACCUCCCCGCUCCUCCUCGCUCUGGCCCUCCUCAGCGCUCUCUGCUGGCGGGCAAGGGCGCUGCCCCCCCGGGGGGCCGCCUUCCCCGCCGUGCCGCGAUUGGGAAACAGAAUGCCAUUUGAUGCAGCCAGUGAACCUGACCGUGCCCAUGGGUCUUUAAAGUCUGAAUCAGACAUUUUGCAGAACACACUACCUGAAAAUGAGAAAUUCUAUUUUGAUCUGUCCAGAAUUAUUGAUAGAAAUGCAAGGCAUGCUGAUGGAAUUUUCACCAGUGUCUACAGCCAUCUUUUGGCUAAACUUGCUGUGAAGAGAUAUCUGCAUUCGCUUAUUAGAAAACGAGUUAGUUCCCAGGACAGUCCUGUCAAACGCCACUCUGAUGCUGUCUUCACCGACAACUACAGCCGCUUUCGGAAGCAAAUGGCUGUGAAGAAAUAUUUAAACUCUGUUUUAACUGGGAAAAGAAGCCAGGAAGAGCUAAACCCCUCUAAACUUCGCGAUGAAGCAGAAAUUCUUGAACCUUCCUUUUCAGAAAACUAUGAUGAUGUUUCUGUAGAUGAACUGCUGAGCCACCUCCCCCUGGACCUCUGAAAGGCACCUGGUAAAGUCUACAACAAGAACACGUUAUUUUUGAGUUCCACAUAGUAUUUCAAAGAGAUGACUUCAGUCAUCAAACCAGAACAAAUAUGUUGUGAAGUGAAAGUUGUGAUAUAUUUGUUUCUUAUGUAAUAAAAGUUGAUAUUUACAUUGUAAAUACUACUCUAGAGUUCUCUACCGAAAGCUGUACAUAUGGAUGCCAGUUAAACUCAUGAGAAGUCUGUGAGUCCAUAUGCUGUAAAUCCUUUACUUCAAUAAAUUCAUUUGAAAAAGAGCGCGCAGCUGAAAAGAGCCCAUCAUUACUAGUUAAUACACUUAUUUUAGGUGUGGUACAAAGUCAGAUAAGACUGUAUGAUAAGAUGGAUACAUGUGCAGACAGCUUCAUAAACAAGUGUGAAAAUGUGAGGAAAAAAAUGUGUGAAGGGUCUAAAACUGCAUUAUAAAAAAUUCUGAAGUUUACUACUGAGCAAAAGAGUAUGUUUUUUAAUAGCAGCUUGCCAAUCAAAGAAAAUGAAAAAAGUAUUACAAAUUAUUUGACUUUUGACAGUAUUUUUUCUUUUUACUCACAUUUUUAAUAGUUCACAAUAUACAUUUUAUUUUAGGACCAGAAAUGUAUCCCAUGUUUUUAGUGGUGUUUUGAAUGCAAUACUUUGGAACUUCCAAAGCAUACAAACAAAAACGCAGUCCCUUUUCUUGUUUGAUGUCUAAAGUCACUGGUUAUUCUACAUUUGGUUCUUUGUAGCUUUGAUGAUGAAACUAUUCCUUAUAUAUAAAAAAUAUCUGAAAAAACUUUACUAUUUUUUCAGAAUGAAUGUAACUUACAAAAUAUGCAGACAAUAAAUCAUUUUAUUAUCAUGGCAAACUUACUGGUUUGAAUCAGUGCUACAGUUAUCUGAAAAAGGGUAAAGGUCCCAAUUAGUUCUGUCUCUACUAUAUUAGUAGAGAAAGAUAUUUAUACACUGAGGUAUGCUAUAAAUAUUGUUUUGUUAAAUUAAAAACACAAAGCAAGUAAGCUUUAUAGAACCAUAUCUUAAUAAGAAAAUGGAAAUUUGAAGCUGAUUCACAGUUGUUAUGAAUCAGAAUUCAGUUGUAUUUUGUAAAGAUUCUAGAUUUAAGUAGUUGGAUCAUUUCCUAAAGAAUUUACUUCCUGCAGUAUGUAAAGCAGCACUGCAUACACAAGUUAUGAAAUGCAUAUUCAUGUAUGAUUCUAGAGUUCCUAUGAACACCCUCCCAUAUCCUAAAAUUAGACAAAAAUUGAAGUAAAAAAAAUUCGGACCUACCCACAAAGUUCAAUGUGGACUUUCAAGUAUAUUUAUAUAUCACACAUAUGGAAUAGAUAGUGAUCAAAAUGAUUUACAAGUUUCACUUAAAAGUUUACUGUUCUCAUUUAAAAGGAAGCUUCACACAUGAUAAAAUUUGAAAUUUAUGGGGACUAGUUCUCAUAAAUUUGCAUCCUUCUGGUUUACAAUUUCUUUGAAUAUUGGAAUAUAUACCUCAAGUGAAAACCAGUUUGCACAGAUCAGAUAUUAUUGUUGCUGUUUCCACCUAGUGUUGACUGAAGUAAUUUUAUUCUAAACCAGUGAAUGGUUCUCAAAAGUUAGACAUACAAUUUUAAAGCCUUGUCUUGAAAACUGGUCUUUUAAUGGUUGUCUACUCUCACUGCCUACCUAUCUCAUUAUGAAAAUUUGAGUGGAAAAUUGACUUUGAAGGUACUUGAAGAACACUAAUAGAUGGAUGAUGUAGUAGUAUUUAACUGAGAAUUUUCUUUGGUGUAGUUUGAACUUUGUUAGGAUUUCUGUGUUAACAUGUAUUUUAAAAUCUUAAUGACAAAA